UGUUUAUUUUUCUUUUUAAUGACCUUGCCGAAAACAAAAAUGUGGGAGUGAACAAUGCAAUCGAGAUUGACGGCGAUCGCACCGAAAUCGAACUGGGCUCUCUCUCUGGCCCAAUUUCAACGCCUCCGACGAAGUGCUCUGACGACACGUCGUACUGCUGACCCGUCCGUUCACGCCAACGACGACAAUGACCCUGCGGUUUUAUCCGGGGAACCCGAGGAUAAUUUAGAGCCAGAUAAUACAAAAGCCAAUUACGAAAGGAAGGACCCUAAAUUAGGAGAUUCAAAUGGGCCAUUUGGGCAACCGAAGGCCCAACACGCUUCCUCCCCUCGGUUAGAAACCAAGGUAGUGGGCCAGGCCUCGAAGCCCAUUACUCAACAAAAGAGACCCCAAAGUACGGUGACCGACGAGGUGAGCUGCAUCGGCGUCUACGGCGGGCCGUUGGAGAAGGGGAAAGAAAACAGAACGACUGAAAUGAAAGAACAGGAGGAAGACAAUAGAGAUUAUUACAAGCACCACAAGGCGUCUCCAUUGGCGGAGAUCGAGUUUGCUGAUACGCGUAAGCCGAUAACCAGAGCCACGGACGGGACGGCGUACGACGGGGACGGGAAGGAUGUGAUUGGGUGGUUGCCGGAGCAGCUGGACACGGUGGAUGAUUCGCUGCGGAGAGCGACGGAGAUUUGGAAACAAAAUGCAAUGCGUGGAGAUCCCGAUGCUCCACAGUCGAGGAUUCUCAGGGCUUUGCGUGGUGAACAAUUUUAAGUAAAGGCUUUUUGACAUAUGCAUGUAAAUUUUAAUGUAGUUAAUUUUACUAAGUUUAUGGGUAAGUUUUAGCAAAAGAUAAUACUAUAGUAGGGUUUAUUUAUAUAUUAGUAAAUCUUGUGAUUUUAGUUUCAUUUAUUUUCUUUAAAAGGGAGUGAUUUUUGAAAGAAAACCCUCUAAAUAAGAGUACUUGUAUGGUGACCCUACCGAGAAUUGAUCCUGCACUAUUUAAAAGAAGGGUUUUUGGGAAUA